AUGGACCAUGCCAGAGCUGCAAUCUCUAACUGGUUUAGUGGUGAGCCAAUGUCAUACACGCGCUUCAGCAUUGCCCGGCAAAUGGAUGGAGACAACAGCCAUGUGGAGAUGAAUCUGUCUGCUGAUGAUGAGGAAGGAGGGGAGAUGGGGAGACCAGAGCACAUGCAUGCCAGCGCGCCUCCUCGAUGGAGGAUUAGCAAGAACCUUUGCUUCCUAAUCAUUGCAGCUGUCCUCCUCCUUUUAAUUGGGUUUCUGAUGGGCUACUUGAGUUACCGUGGACGAUGGCAGAAGGCUAGCAGAUGUGUGGAUGGAAGUGGCAAGUGUGAGAUGACUCCUACCACAUCUUACUUAAUGGAUGAUAAUGAUGAAAGCAAGGAUGAAGAGGUUCCUAGACCACCUGUCUUCUACUGGCCUAAACUCAGAGAGCUCUUGUCAAAGGAGCUGUCAGCUACAGAUCUUGAGGGCAACUUGAGGCACAGAGAAGGUAAGAACUCUGUUGAAGCUGGCCAGAGUAAUGAUGAGAGCACUGCCAGCUACAUCCACGAACAGUUCACCAGCUUCUUCUUGGAUGAAGUGUGGAACGAUGAGCACUACAUUAAGCUGCAGGUCAAUGGCAGUAGCAAGAACGAAGUGUCUAUUCAGGGAAAUAAUGAAGAGAUACUGGAGAGUACUGAUGUAUAUGUGGCAUACAGCAAGAUUGGCUCAGUUACUGGCAAACCAGUCUAUGUCAACUAUGGACUGAAGGCUGAUUUUCAGAUGAUACAGAAUCAGGAUAUUUCACUGAAUGGAUGUAUAGUCAUCUUCAGAGCUGGAAAAAUAACCCUUGCUGAGAAGGUUGCAAAUGCCAAAGAGGCUGGAGCAGUUGGUGCCCUGAUGUACCUGGACCCCUACGAUUACAAGAACACAAAGGGACUUGUCCCAUUUGGACAUGCCCACCUUGGAACUGGAGACCCUUUCACCCCAGGCUUUCCUUCUUUCAACCACACCCAGUUCCCACCAGUGGAAUCUUCUGGGCUACCUCAAAUUGCUGUUCAGACUGUCUCUAGCAACACAGUAGCCCAGCUGUUCAGGAGAAUGGAUGGACGAGACUGCUUCCAAGAGUGGAAGAGUGACCUCCUGGAGUGUAAGGUGAUGCCAAGAAGCAACAUGACAGUGAAACUGACCGUGAACAACAUUAUGGUGGAUAGGAAGAUUCUGAACAUAUUUGGUGCUGUCAAGGGUAUUGAAGAACCAGAUCGGUAUGUCGUGAUCGGAGCCCAGAGAGACUCCUGGGGCCCAGGAGCGGCCAAGGCUGGCGUUGGAACUGCCAUUUUGUUGGAACUUGCCCGUGUGAUCUCGGACAUAGUGAAAAAUGAGGGCUACAAACCCAGGCGCAGCAUCGUCUUUGCGAGCUGGAGUGCAGGGGAGUACGGAGCCGUGGGGGCUACGGAGUGGCUGGAGGGGUACACUACAACGCUGCAUGCCAAAGCCUUCACUUACAUUAAUUUGGAUGCUGCAGUCCUAGGUUCCAAACACAUGAAGAUUUCUGCUAGCCCAUUGCUGUACACGUUGCUGGAGAGAACUAUGAACGGGGUGGCCGACCCAGCAAAGGAUUCGGGAAGCCUGUAUGACAGAGUCGGCUCUGACUGGGUGAAAACAGUUGUUCCACUUGGUCUGGAUAAUGCAGCAUUCCCUUUCCUGGCCUACUCAGGAAUCCCAGUGGUUUCCUUUGGUUUCUGGAAUAAGGAUGAAGAAUAUCCCUUCUUGGGCACUACUGAAGACACUGUGGAGAACCUGAAGAAGAUUGACAACUUGUAUGCUCUUAUGCGUGCUGCUGCAGAAGUUGCUGGACAAAUAGCUCUCAGGCUGACCCAUGAUCAUGAGCUCUUCCUGGACUUUGGGAGAUACAGUGAAGAACUGCUAGCAUACCAGGAGAAGAUUUUGCCCUAUUAUCAGGUUGUGAAGGCACAGGGGCUGACCUUGAACUGGCUGUUUUUUGCCCGUGGUGACUUCCAGCGAGCUACAGAUGUACUGAGGAGAGACAUUGCAAACAGUGACAGGGAAAACAGGAUCAUCCGCAGAGCCCUGAAUGACAGGAUCAUGAAGGUGGAGUACGACUUCCUCUCCCCAUACCUCUCACCCAAAGAUGUUCCCUUUCGCCACAUCUUCUUUGGCAAAGGCUCCCACACUCUGCAGAGUCUGCUGGAGAACCUUCAGCUGCUGCAAACCAGUGUGGACAGUGUGGACAUGAAGAUGCUGAAAGAGCAGCUGGCCCUGGCAACCUGGACCAUUAAAGGUGCUGCCAAUGCCUUAGCAGGUGAUAUCUGGGAUAUAGACAAUGAACUGUAGACACAGCAAACAACUGGUUAAGGUACAGGAUUAGGGAAACCCAUUCCCUAACAUGGCAUU